CGACCAUGUGUUGAAACGUUCCAGACACGCAUGAAACUUUUUGAUUUAAAGUCAUCAGAACUGAGUUAAGUCUCCAACAGCAUUACAAUAAAAGUUUAUCCGAUAGCAACAGUAAGCAUGAGUAUGGAUGCAAUUACUGGUGCAAAAUCUGCUCCGUUGGAAGAAAAACUGAAGGUUUUGGAUAAAGAAAUUAGAAAAUUGUACAAAGCAUGUAAAGAAGCUGGAUAUGAACCUGAUAAGAUAAGGGAAACAGCUCUACCUGUACUUCAUGCUGCUCGCAGGGGUUGUUGGAAAACUCGCGCCAAGCGUACCUUAUGCUUUAUUGGAUUUUGCUGCGUGUUUGUUGGAAUGUUCUACUGGGAACCAUCUUACUAUGCACUCAGAGUUGUUUCGAAAAAGUUCAUGGUCAUGAUUUUGCCCUAUUAUGAUUGGACAUGGCCUUUUAACACUGAAUGUGCAAUUGCCAAUCCCUACUACGUACCACCUGAUUUGGGACUAAAAGAAGAAGAUUGUGAGGCUUGCGUCAAUAUAACAAGUCUCAAUGCUACAUUUAAAGUAACCUCGGAAGAAAUCGCUGAUAAGAUAUAUGGAUACGAGCCUGUAAUUGUUGGAGAUGCUAUGAAUGAUUGGAGGUCCAUAACACAAAAUCUCACUUUUAAUCAAUUUAUUGAUUUGCAUUUAAAGAGCAAGAACCUAAUGGACAAGGAAAAAACAUGCUAUCCACGUGUAAGUCAGGGAUUAGAAUUUAAAAAUCUUACAGUUCCCAUGCUAAUCGAAUGGAUUGACAAAGACAAUAAAGAAGAAAAGAAAAGCAAUUUCACUGCUUCAUGGAUGACAUGCCAUAUGGAUACAUUCAAAGAGAUGCACCAUUAUUACUUUAAGCCUUACUUCCUUCCCCCUAUGUGUGAGCCCGUCCAGUACAAAAGCUAUCUUUACAUUGGUCGCAAAAAUGAAAACAAAGCUAAAGCACUUAUGGUACGUGAUCGCAUGGGAGAGCAAGGGUAUUGGGUGGCACAAAUUUAUGGAGUCAUGGAAUUUUUACUGCAGCCAACCAAAGUUUGCCAAAAAGCAUGCAAAAAUAUUAGGUUUAAUCUAACACGUGGAGAAAUUCUGAAUGUACCAACGGAUAUGUAUGCAGCAGCUUUUCGACCAGUGUCUGAAGAGGCAGUAGCGCUUGGUGUCGGAUAUUAUUACUCAUAAACAAAAUUCUACAUGAUUUGCCGUCUCUUGUGUGUAAAUAGAAAUGGUAGUAAAAUCACUGGCCAAAGUAAUUCCAUAUUGCCAUCAUCUUCUGCAAUUUUGUUUCACUUUUUAAAAAUGCCGUAUGAGAUUAUUUUAUUGUGUACGUUGCAGUUAAAUACCGCUGAUGCCCAUGUCUAAACAAAUUACUCAACUGUUAUUGUUGUUUUUUGCCGUAACUUAUUUUGUCCCAGGAGUUUUUUUGGUAAAGUAAGCAAUAAAGAUUAUAACUCU